ACGAGUCGGGCAAGGCCAUAUCUUGGAUCCCCGACCAAUAUAAGGCUGAGUGUGAGGCUGCAGGAAGCAGUUCAUCUCAGACCUCAUCCCCAGCUCGCAACGAUGAAGACAGUGUCUCUGGUGCUGUGUGUGGCGGUGGUAUCGUGGGCAGCGCCCCAGGGUGACUACAACUACCAGGCCCCGUCACAACAGGGACCCCAGUAUUCCUCCUCCCCCGCCCAGUACAACUACCAGUGGGAGGUCAACGAUGAAUACUCAGCUAACUACUACGGCCACAGGGAACAGAGGGAAGGCGACAACACACAGGGCAGUUACUACGUGAGGCUGCCUGACACCCGUAUCAUGAGGGUUGACUAUUAUGCUGACAGCACCGGCUACCAUCCCUCCAUCUCCUUCGAGGGAGAGGCCCAGUUUCCCAGCGACUCUACUAGGGGUUACUCCCAGCCAGCCUCUGGCCCUAGGCAGGUAUUUUCCCAGCCCGCCGAAGCUCCUAGGCAGACGUAUUCUCAGCCUGCCGAAGUUCCAAGGCAGACGUACUCCCAACCAGCUCCAGGUCUGAGGCAGACGCACUCCCAGCCAGCCCCAGGUCUAAGGCAGACGUACUCCCAGCCAGCCCCAGCCCUGAGGCAGACCUACUCACAGCCAACCUCAGCUGCUCCUAGACAGGUGUUCUCCCAGCCCUCUGCAUCUCUUAGCCCUACGUACUCCCAGCCAGCCUCACCCCAUAGGGAAGUGUUUUCUCAGCCUCCAACACAAUUCUACUCACAGCCAGGAAAAUAGGAGUCACGGAUGACAUUCCAUAUUUGCAGCGGAAUAUCCCCAAUGAACCCCGCAUUAGAUUUUCAUAUAUUAGUACUUAUUAUAUACGUUGUGUCGUAAUGCGCCUCAAGACAUAUUUUGGAGUCUCUGCCUCGCGGUAGUGAGUGGAGCUUUAGUUCUGUAGGCUGUGAAGGGUCUUUGGCUCCUGAUGCUGGAGUUUUGCAGGUUCUAAAGGGCUUUUAGCCCCUGGUGUUGAAGACUUGCUGGUUCUAAUGGAUCUCUAGCCCUUGGUGUUGAAGACUUGUGGUUCUCAAGAAUCCUCAGCUCCUGGUUGUUGAAGACCAGCUGGUUCUAACGAAUCUCCAGUCCCUGGUGCUGAAGAUUUGCUGGUUCUAACGAAUCUCCAGUUCCUGGUGCUGAAGAUUUGCUGGUUCUAACGGAUCUCCAGCUCUUGGUGUUGAUUCUGAAGACCUUUCAGCCAGCCUCCAGUGUUGAAGACCUGCUGGUCUUAAAGAACAAACGACUCCUGUUGACUCAAAAUAAAUUAUGCUAAAAGAUCCCAAUCCAUGUUGCUGAAAUUCUGCUGGUCUAGAAGGAUCUCCUGUCCCUGGUGCUGGUUCUGAAAGAUCUCCAGCUCCUAGUAGUGAAGAACAGAUGAUCCUGAAGGACCCACAAUUACUGGUGCCGAUUCCGAAGGAUCCGCAGGUCCCGGUGCUGAAGAACUGACAGCCCUGAUGGAUGCACAACCCAAUGGUAUCUUUCUUAGAAGGCUCGUCAGCCUCUGAUGUGGAAUAACCUUUUAAUGAAGAAUCUCCAGCCUCUAGUGCUGAAGCAGCUAGAACUCCUGGUGCUAAUCUUUGUUGUUCUGCCACUCCUGUUGUGUGUUAUUCACGCUCCUCGUCAAGUACUGCCCAACUAGUACGGUUUUCACCUCUUGCUGACAAGUUCGUUACAGACAUAUAUUUGUACAAAGAUUAUAGAAAUAUAUAAUGAAUAAAAAAUUUUGAAUCUUAAAAGUUUUUUAAUAAUG